UCCCCUCACCCAGCGCCGACGAACGAAGAUGCUGAGGCAGCACCUCCCCCUCUUCUCCUCUUCCUCUUCUUCCCCUAUUUACAUGGCACUCUCGCGCCUCAGCAGACAGAAUAGCCAUCGUCUUCCUCCUGCGUCCACAAAGACCAGCUCUAGAAGUAGUGCGAAGACCAAACCUCUCCUCUUCCUGCUACUCCUAAUUGUGAUUCUUGUUGUGACGGCUGUCUUCUUGUUCCCACCAGCGAUCAUGUCUUCUUCGUCGCCGUCGGCCGCGUCCGUGCCGUUCGAGAGCCCGAGGAAAGUGGUGAAGAAGGUGCUGUCCUUGUCCCAGUCCGAGGGGGACGGCGCCACCGUCCGCCGGAGCAUCGGCGGGCACGAGCUCCGGAACCUGGACCCGUUCCUCCUGCUCGACGAGUUCUCCGUCUCCAAGCCCGGCGGAUUCCCUGACCAUCCUCACCGGGGCUUCGAGACCGUCACCUACAUGCUCCACGGAGCAUUUACCCACCAGGACUUCUCGGGGCGCAAGGGCACCAUCAGGACCGGAGAUGUGCAGUGGAUGACGGCCGGCCGCGGCAUCGUGCACUCGGAGAUGCCGGCUUCCGACGGCGUGCAGAAGGGCCUACAGCUCUGGAUCAACCUCGCCUCCAAGGACAAGAUGAUCGAGCCACGGUACCAGGAGCUCAAGAGCAAGGACAUCAGCCAGGCUGAGAAGCAUGGUGUGAAGGUGCGGAUCAUCGCCGGGGAGGCCUUCGGGGUGCGGUCGCCAGUCUACACGCGGACGCCAACCAUGUACAUGGACUUCACAAUGCAACCAGGGUCACAGCUUCACCAACCGAUCCUCGAGGGCUGGAACGCUUUCGUGUACAUCAUCGAGGGGGAGGGUGUAUUUGGUAGGGAGGGCGAUGUGGCGGCGAGCGCGCACCAUUGCCUCGUGCUUGGCGCCGGCGAUGGGCUCAGCGUGUGGAACCGGUCCGGCGCCCUGCUGCGGUUUGUGCUGGCGGCAGGGCAGCCGUUGAACGAGCCAGUGGUGCAGCAGGGGCUCUUCGUCAUGAACUCUCGUGCCCAGAUCCAGCAGGCCAUGCAGGACUAUUACUACGGGCGCAACGGCUUCGAGAAGGCCAGCCAGUGGAGCUCCGCCUGAUUCUCAUCGGUGUCUCGAUGUGAUGAUGAUCAAUGUCAUGGUGCAACGUCAUGGAGGAAAGGGAAACUGCAUUUGUAUACCAUUUUAUUGAUACUGUGUAGAUUGUAGUAGUAGUCUUGUUUUUCUUUGAUUCGUCUUUUAUUUUGUUCAUAGGAAAGAAUGUAAAACAAUAAAACUGUGUGAUCGAUGAGGAGGAAGUUAGUAA